CCUAUAACAGGUAUGUUCUGGACAGAUACGUCCAGAAGGACUUGUGUCACUCCGCAUGGCCACCGAGACGACCAUCGCGUGCUGCGUGCGGGUCCCCACCUCCAAGCAGGUGACGGCCCUGCACCUGGCGGCCGAGCAGGCCACCCGCUGCUGCUGCUACAAGCGGCGCUCCUCGGCCACCUUCAUGACCGUGGAGCUGCUCCCGGAGCGUUGCGUCGCCGUGGACGCCUCGACCAAAGAGUUCGGCGAGUGCCGCGUCGCCGUGAACUGGACGGUCGUGGCGGAGCUGGAGACGGAGUGCUUCGUGAGGAUCAAGGUGAAGAGGGGACGCAGGACCCUCCGGAAGAAGGCUUUGGAUGCAAGGCUUCUCAUCAAGUGCUUGCAGGAAGGACGGCUUGUGUGCGGUGACGCCAGACUUGUGUUUGACAUCGCGUCAUAUUCCCCGCUAAGGUUUUGUUUCCAAGUGAAAACCACCGCCAGCGAGUGUCCCGCAGCGGGGCGUCGGCCAGCCACUGCCGCGCGAGCAAGUGUCUGCACACAGCAGCCCUCGGCGGGGGAGGAAGACUUCCACGACGCGCAGGAACCCGCCGAGGAGGAACAAACGUCCGCCGCGCCACCACCGAAGACCGUGGUCACGCAAACGUCGAUCAACAAGAUGCCGCGAAGGUACCGGCGCAGGAUCCUGGAGGGCGGAGGAGGCAUCCUGCGGCGCCUCCGCGACGAGCAUCUCGUCACCGUAGAAUACAACGAACGCUCCGGCAGACUGAAGCUUGAGGGCCGCCCCGACGACGUCUGCGGGUGCCAGGACGACCUAGACGCCCUGAUACAGGCGUGGCAGCAGGAGCAGGACCAGGAACACACGAAGAGGAAGGCGGCAAAGAGCGGCGCCGAGGGUGGCGUGACGGAGCCCCGGCAGGAGCCCGGAUGUCGGUCUUUCUGUUCGUCCCGUGUGUGCGUGUGUGUGUGCGUGUGCGUGUUUCUUUGCGUGUGUGGCUGCGUGAUUGUGAGCGUGUGUCUGUAUGUGUGCGACCGCGUCGUGGCUCUGAAGAAAGCCCUUACACGUAAAGGCGAGCCCAAAGAUCCUAGACAUGCGACCUCAAGGGCCCGACACCUUGCGCCACAACAACCACCAUCAUCACCACCAUCACCACCACCACCACCACCACCACCGUCGGUGCCGCCACCACCGCUGCUUCCCCUGAGGCGCCUGAGCAGCGCCGACCGGCGGGACAUCCUGGGCCAGCGCUGGCUGUCUGAUGACGUCAUGGACCUGGCCCAGGAGCUGCUGCAGCGACAGUUCCCGAACACUCGCGGCCUGUACGCCAGCGGCGCCGCCUUCACGCUGCCGCCCCUGCAGCCCGGCAGCGGGGCACUCUUCCUGCAGGUGGUGAACAGGUCCACGCCGCAGCGCCUCGCCUCCAUGGCGGACUACGGCCGCACGGGAGGCAGCCACUGGCUGCUGCUGUCCUCGUACGGCGCGGCGCGCGGCGGCCAGCUGGCGGUCUAUGACUCGCUGCACGACACGCUCUCGCCCUCCACGGCCGCCCUGGUGCGGCAGCUGCAGGCGCUGCACGCCCCACCGCCGGGCGCCGUGCUGCGGCCCGUCCAGCGACAGCGGGACGACCACAGUUGCGGCCUCUUCGCCCUCGCCUUCGCCUUCAGCAUCGCCCACGGCCAGGACCCCUGCCGCGUGCGCUACGUGCGUGCGCGCAUGGAGCGCCACCUGCUGGCCUGCCUCGACCGCGGCGUGGCGACGCCCUUCCCCAGCGUGCCCGAGGGGACGUUCGGCUAAGGUGGUUUCAUUUAAGAAUACGGACAGGAAGACGUUAACAGGUAACAAAGGAUCAAAAAUGACGGAAUUACAGCCAGUUGGAGCAAAAGGAGAGGGGAAAAACUAUUUCACAUUAUUUUGUUUUGUUAUCUCUAUCACAAACAGUUAUGUAUGACUGAUUAUCCCUUAUGAUAUACAGAAGUGUGUCAUGAAUACAAUAAUGACUCUUUCUCGAGUUGAGGAGGCGGUGACUGAAUGAUCAGCGUGCGGGUGCGGCGUCCAGGAGAAUGCAAGUUCGCGUCCCGCCAGCCGCUACACACAAGCAGGCUGUCCUGAAGACCACCUCCAACCCGGACUCUAGAUUCUCUCUAGAAAGAGGGUCAUAGAUGGGCUUCGGGGGACAGCAUGAGUCAAACAAGAUGGCACCACUGUCAACACCUGCCUGCGCCAUAACGGGCUGGGGCCGAACACCAGAUCCCACAAGAAA